GGGAGAAGAUGGUAACCACCACACCACCCACGCGUGGUCCUCCACUGAACAUGUCACUUGUUUAUGUCAAAGCCUCUGUGGAAUAGGAGCCGUGCGUAAAGUCUGACAAACAGCUGCCUAUUUAAACAUGAUCGAUGCUCGUCCUCUGCUGGAGCUUCACGAUGCUCCUAAACGCCACCGUCACUCUGUCGGUGGACUUCAAUACUCCGGAGGACUUCCUCAUCUUCACCUUCCAUGUCCUGUUCGCCACCAGCGCCGUGCUCGUCGCCGGCUCGGUGGUGAUCGGUAUCUCCUCCACUCGGUCACUGCGGGGCCAGAACCGCUUUAUAUUCAUGCUGAACACGAGCAUCAGUGACACACUGACAGGCUUCUCGGUUUACUACCUCGGCCUCUUCGACGUGCAGGAGGGAUAUCCCUCCAGAAACGGAACAUUUUAUAUUCUACCCUCAUUCCUGGGGGUCAACGUGUUGACUUUCCUUUUUGCGCAGUUUGACCGCUACUUCGCCGUGUGCCACCCGUUCUUCUACAACCGCUACAUCACGCGCUGCUGCGUCAUAGGUAUUUGCGUGUUUUGCUGGACUUACACGUACACAAUCCUCACCGUGCAGAACAUGGUGCCAAUUUCAAAGGCGGCUCAAAUAAACGCGUUCGGGGUGAUGACUCUGCAGAUUAUUGUUGUCGUUAAGGUGCUGAUGACAGUUAAACUAUACAUCAUCGCCAGGAAUCAACUGGCGAGGGAGGCGCCCACCGCGGACAGAGACAACAAGAAGGAGUCGCUGCGCAUCAUAGUGUUUGUGGUUAUUUGCUUCUUGGCUCUUUGGUGUCCGUCAUUUGUAAAUAUUAUAGUCAGACAGUUGACUAGAAAAGGUUUGACGUUUAGGAAUGAGGCCACUAACCUGUUCGCCACCAUGGCGCGUUUAAACGCGCUGGUCACGCCUGCCCUGUACAUCUGGGGCAGCCCGGCGCUGCGGAGUGCAGUGUGGAAGACAGUGUGGCGGAGGGUCUGUCCCAUGUGGAGGACAAGGUUUCUCUCCAGAGUUGGUUUCACCACUGAUGGAGUGACAAACAAACCAUGAAGGAGCAUCUGCAUCCCCGCAUGCACGAAGAUGAACUGCACUGCACGUGAGGCACAUAUUGUGGUUCAAUCACGUUGUAAAAAGUUCUCAAUCAUUGUGUGUGUGUUUUUUUGUCUUUUUCAGACUGCAACACGAACCUGCACAUAGAGGAAAAUGGUUUUACUGUAUGUGAAAUGAUGAAUCAAAGGUGAAAGAAAGACUGAACGGUUUAAGCUUUGGUGACAGAAAGUUAACUACACGUUUUAGACAUA